AGAGGCAGAGGCUUCCCGUGCUGCUUGUCGGGAGAGAACAUUAGGAAUGCCUUUCAGUGCCUGGCUUCCUGAGCUAUCCUCUGGUAACCAAGCAGCUUAGAGCAAUCUGAUCACACUUCCCCUCAGCCCCGCAGGAAUCAGAAUGCAGACCAAAUACAGCAGCGAGAGGGACGUGAGGGACAUGCUGGAUGACGAUGAGGACACCACCAUGAGCCUGCAUUCUCGAGCCUCUACUCUCACCUGGCGGCCAGAGCCCAGACACACAGGGUUCGAACUCAUGAUUGCCUGCUUGCAAGAGCUCAGGACUCCUCUUUCUACUUGGCGCCCAGUGGCCCUGACGCUGCUAACUUUGUGUCUGGUGUUGCUGGUUGGCCUGGCAGCCCUGGGCCUUGUGUUUUUUCAGUUCUACCAGCUCUCCAACAUUCAGCAAGCCAUCAUCACUGAAAAGGAGGAGAGGCUGGGGAACCUGUCCCAGCAGCUGCAGUCUCUUCAGGUUAAGAACAAGAAGCUCGUGGACACUCUGCAGCGUGUGGCUGAAAAACUCUGCCGUGAGCUCUAUAAUAAAAGUGGGGGACCCAGGUGCAGCCCUUGUCCAGAAAAAUGGAAGUGGCACGGGGAUAAAUGUUACCAGUUCUACAGAGAAAGUAAGAGUUGGCAGGGCUGUGAAUAUUUUUGCAGUGCUGAGAACUCUACUAUGCUGAAGAUAAAUGCACAAGAAGUUUUGGAUUUUUCCAUGCUUCAGAGCUACUCUGAGUUUUUCUACUCUUAUUGGACAGGGCUCUCCCGCAACGGCAGUGGCGAGGCCUGGCUGUGGAUGGAUGGAACACCUUAUUCCUUUCAACUGUUCGAGAUAAUAAUAGAUGCCAGCAAUCUGAGAAGCAGGGACUGUGUGACCAUCCUCAAUGGCAAGGCCUUCUCCAAAGACUGCAGGGAGCUCAGGCGGUGUGCCUGUGAGCGGACGGCUGGAAGAGUGGAUCCUGAGAAGCUCCACUAGCUGCUGAGUUUGGGGCGUUCAUGUUCAACUCCAACACAAAGGUCAGGCCAUGUGAGGCCAGUGCAAGGGAUGAGCAGUAUGAGACACUGGAAGUAGAAGAUACUCAAGGAAAGCAAUUGCUUGUCUCCUGCUCAGGAUCACCGGCCUUUCUGAGCUUGAGCUUUUUGCACAAACACACCAUGGACCAUUAACUGGCCCCAGAAACCUGUGAAGCUGUCAUCUACCUUUUUGACUUAGAGAUAAUUUUUUAGUUCUUUUCCUUCUCAGUACCCAGUUUUACUUCUUUAUUUCCUUUCUUCCUUUUGUUUAAAGAAGAAAGUAUCUUACUGAAGUAAAAGAAUUCAGUGGAAAUGGUAUCAUUUGCUCCAACAGUCAGUGGACUAGGACAAAUUAACAGACAUUUACCAUACUUGCUGCUAAAUACCUAAUUUUGUUUGUUCCCGUUUUAUACUUUUUCAGUCUCUCAGUAAGACUCAAUCUGCUUUGCCAAUGGUCAGCUUUCCAACUGAUGUAUCAUUCUUGAUGAGAUGUUAACUUCUAAUAGGUAUACCUCUUUGUGCCUGGGAAGAUUUCAAGAACUGCUUCUUUCCCCUAGGAGUUUAUUAUCAGUAUUUACAACUAAAGUAUUUACAACCUAAGAAUCACUGCCCUUUCAAGGAAAUUGAAGAUGAGCAAGAAAAAAGUGUCUCUUAAUUGUAUCUGGCACCUUGGAUUUAGUUCUUACUGCCUCCUAUUUAAUCAGUGUUUAUGUCUUUCAGGUACUAAGGAUUUAAUAAUAAUAAUAAUAAAUUAAAUAAUGUGAAGAAUGUGUAGUUUUAUAAUGGAUGUGUGAUUUGGGAGGAAAUCUAUUAUGAGUAUACUUUUCAAAAUAUAAUAAUGAUUCUUCUGGU